AUGUUUUUAAUAUCGGUGCUUCGUUAUGCACUCUUUCUUCUUGUGCCUCUCUCUUUGACUUUCACCUCUUAUCUUUAUUUGUACCCUGCAUUCCAUGGUUGCGCUUUUCCUUCUCCUGAAUACGAUGCUUCAGAAGCAUACGUCAAUACACUUCGUCAACACACGCUUCCAAAUUUGUAUGAUCCCAGCAAGGUAGCACCGUUCAGGCUCCUCGCUUUGGGGGAUCCUCAACUCGAGGGUGAAUCAUCCAUACGAGAUAUCGAUUCUGUCAAUUUGCCAAAUUUGAAGAAAUUCUUGAAGAUCAGGAAUCUAGAUUUCUGGCUCGACGACCUUCCUAAGGCUUUCGAAGUCUAUCGCAAACGAUUUGACCACAUUGGUAAUGAUUAUUACUUGGGACAUAUCUACCGCGCAACGCACUGGUGGUUGGACCCUACACAUGUUACUGUACUUGGAGAUCUUGUGGGGAGUCAAUGGAUAGAUGAUGAAGAAUUCGAGGAACGUGGGCGAAGGUAUUGGAAUCGGGUAUUCAAACAUGGAGAACGGAUUCCGGACGAGAUUAUGUCGCCGCCCGCUUUCGACUUUCAGAAUACAAUAAUGCUGGGGGAUGAUGCUGCGGCAUGGAAGAAGAGGAUUAUAAACGUGGCAGGUAAUCAUGAUGUUGGGUAUGCCGGAGAUAUCUCAAAGGAUCGACUAGCUCGAUUUGAGCGCGUUUUUGGGAAAGCGAAUUACGAACUUCGAUUUCAGCUACCUUCCAACCAUAAUGCUUCUUCAAUUUCUACGACAGGCAUCCAGACGGAUGGGAGGGAUAUUCCCGAAAUUAGGAUUAUGAUCCUUAAUGACAUGAAUCUCGAUACGCCCGUUACUUCUCACGCCGUUGAGCGAUCCGCACUUUUUACAUUAGUCCUCACUCAUAUCCCAUUAUAUAAAGACGAAGGGAUCUGUGUAGAUGGACCGUUCUUUGACUUCUUCGAUGGAGAAUUCGAGAAUGGAGUUAAGGAACAAAACCACCUCUCCCGCGAUGCCUCUAAAGGUAUGCUAGAAGGUGUAUUUGGCAUGAGCGGUAGUGCGCAUGUGGACGGGCAAGGCAUGGGAAGACAUGGUAUUAUUCUAACCGGCCACGAUCACGAAGGUUGUGAUAUCUAUCACUUCAUCAAACCAAAGCUUACCAUGAAGAGGACAGAGAGUGGAGGUGCGAUAGAUACCCAGAAGCCAAACAUCUACAUGAUGGGGGAUUUUGCUGGAAAUGCGGGGUUACUGAGUUUAUGGUUCGACGAAGAAAGUUGGGAAUGGCAAUUUGAAUUUGUAAAUUGUGGAUUGGGUACUCAGCAUAUUUGGUGGUUCGUGCAUAUUUUGGAUUUCAUCACGGCGAUUGUAAGCAUAGUUUAUGGUGUUUGGCUCGCGGUCUUUAAGGCUCGCUCAAUUUUGGGGCUGUGCGAGAAUGGGAAGAAGAAUGGGAAAAAGGAUAAGAAAGUAACCUUCGAAAUGACACCAGAUACUGGUACUGAGCCAGAGAAGUCAAGGGGCGGAACUGACAAUGGUAAUAGAGAAGUUAAAGGGGGUGUCAACAGGAGUCGCAAAUGA